AUGAACUUGAUCACUCGUAGUGGUGCAUUGCGUCUCUUUGUUCGCGCUCGAACUUUCUCCACUGCUCCACCUCCACGUCUCAGACGACUGGGACGCGUGCUAGUGCUUUCCAGCGCAUUGACUACCUCCGUGCUGGGCUACGUAUUCUACAACGAUGUUUCAAAUAUCGAACCGGCGCCUUUUGACACACGCACACUGUCGGAUCUGUUGCGUGCAUAUAUCGUGUACGGGACAUGCAGCAUCGCUCCCCUCGUUGAUGCGGCACCGACAAUAUUGGACACCUUGUUCAGUAUUCCUGGAGUGAGUAAGAUAGUCGAGAGUUUCGUGCGAGCUACUUUCUUCCAUCAGUUUGUCGGUGCAGACACAGCCAAUGGUGCACUACCACUCCUUACGUCCCUCCGUGCAGAGAACAAAGGUGCUCUCUUUGCUUAUGCCGUUGAAGUCGACCAGAAGGAGGUGACGGGUCAGACGAAUAUGGAAGGGCAGCCCGUACACAAGCGUAUCAUAGAGGAGAUUAUAAGGAGUAUCAACGCCUCUGCCGAUUUCGAGGAUGGAAGGGACGCAUUUCAGGAUGGACACAUAGGGAGGCGGACUUGGGUUUCUGUGAAGCUUACUGCCAUGCUUCCAAAUGCCCAAUCCUUAAUCAACCUGUCAACACACCUCACAAAUACUCGAGCACAGCUUGAACCGCCGGUACUUUUUCCAGGGACUCCUUCACCAUCUGAUCUUUCUAUCUUGCAUUCCUCUGCAUUAACAGGAACACUAACGGAAUCUGACAUCCAUGACCUGAAAGAGCUAUACAGCGACCUUGUGCAGAUUUGUACACGUGCUGAAGAACGUGGAGUAAGAGUGUUCAUUGAUGCAGAGUAUAGUUGGUAUCAACCUGCCAUCGAUGCAUUUGGACACGCAUUGAUGGAACGAUUCAACAAGCUCCCCUCCAAUGGCUUCCUGCGGACAUGGUGGGACAUCUCCUCUUGGACAUCUUCAUCCGCGAGAAAAUCUGUGGAUGACAGAGUGCGGCCUCUCGUGUAUGUGACAUAUCAAACAUAUUUACGACGCAUGCCUGCGCACCUCACGCACUCCCUAGCGCUGGCCCAUGCCAGAGGAUAUGCACUUGGGGUGAAACUUGUCCGGGGAGCUUAUCACCCAUAUGAGGUUGUUGCCCAUCAUCUGGCUCGUUCAGCUGAUUCUGCAGUCGGAUCCCCACGCUCGCUCUCCAUUUCCCCCGACCCUGAGCCCCCUGUUCAACCCUCGAAAAAUGCGACGGACCAGUGCUAUCAUGACUGCGCAACCGUGUUGAUCAAUGUAAUUUCCCAGGACGUCCACCGGUCUGGCCGAUUCGGUGCACCAAGCAUUGGUGUAUUUUUUGCUACGCAUAACUGGACCUCUUGCGAGUCCAUCCUCGAGGAAAUUGUCAAGAAGGGCCUGGGAGUGGUCGAGCGUGUUGGCGUCAAUGAAGUGCAAGAGGACGUAGUGAGGAUACCGCUUGAAGUUGGGGAGAGGAUUGCAUUUGGGCAGCUGUAUGGGAUGUCAGAUGCGCUGACGAAUUACCUCAUCGGGCGGACGCGGUGUGAAAGGCCGUGUGUGAUCAAGUAUGUCCCGUUCGGCGCACUGGUGCAGGUCAUGCCCUACCUUUCACGUCGGGCGAUUGAAAACAAGAGCGUUCUCGGAGCAGGGGGUGCCACAAGAGAGAGAAAGGGGGCUGCGGCUCUCAUUUGGAAGAAGAUGAAAGGAUUGGUUGUGUCAUAG